GGGAAUUUGAAAAAAUCCUCUUCCGUGGUCUCCUCCGCAACGCAACGCAUUAACCCGCAGCGAUAAGCCAAGUCAACCGUCUCGCUCGCGUCAAGGCUUGCGCUGCACCCUCUCAUCAGAGACAAAGCGAUAUAUCGCGAGUUAUUCCUGAGAGGACAUCGCCCAUCAUGGCGCCCCCACCCCAUCAAAAACCCGAAAAUGUGCUCAAGCGCGCCCACGAGCUCAUCGGCGUCAGGCAGGCGCCUGCCGCCCUCACUCUCCUCCACGAGCACAUCACAUCGAAGCGAUCCCGCAGCGUCCCGAUUGCAUCGCUGGAGCCUGUGGUGAUUCUUCUCGUUGAGCUAUCGGUCGAGCAAAAGAAGGGAAAGCUCGCCAAGGAUGCACUAUACCAGUACAAGAAUAUCAGCCAGAAUACUGAUGUUGGAACCAUCGAGUUGGUUCUAAAAAAAUUCAUCGAGCUCGCCGCCGAAAAGGUGACCGCCGCUCAACAAAAAGCCGACGAAGUCCAGUCUACCAUCGAUGCUUCGACCGCCACCUCGAACGUUGAGGACCUGGAGGCCAGCGAAACUCCCGAGUCUAUCCUCCUGGCUACUGUGUCCGGUGAACAGUCCCGCGACCGUACCGAUCGUGCCAUUGUGACCCCUUGGCUAAAGUUCUUGUGGGAGGCCUACCGCACCGUCCUCGACAUCCUCCGGAACAAUGCCCGUCUUGAGAUUCUUUACCAAAGCACGGCUAUGCAAGCCUUCGACUUCUGUCUCAAGUAUGCCAGAAAGACCGAGUUCCGGAGGCUCUGCGAGCUGCUCCGCAACCACGUUCAGACCGCUGCCAAGUACUCGUCCCAGAUGCAUGCCAUCAACCUGAGCGAUCCGGACACGCUUCAACGUCACUUGGAAACCCGCUUCCAGCAGCUUAACGUGGCUGUCGAGCUGGAGCUUUGGCAAGAGGCUUUCAGGUCCGUCGAGGACAUUCAUACUUUGCUCAACCUCAGCAAGCGGCCGCCCAAGAACAUCAUGAUGGCCAACUAUUAUGAGAAGCUCACGAGGAUCUUCCUCGUCGGCGAGAACUACCUGUUCCAUGCCGCUGCCUGGUCGCGCUACUACACUCUCCUCCGCCAGUCCGCAGCCGUGGUUGCCACCGGCCAGGGAAAGAAGGCGGACAACCCUCCCGCUACGGACGGUGAUCUUCAGAAGGCCGCCUCGUUCGUGCUUCUGUCCGCCUUGGCUAUUCCGGUCAUUAGCACCAGCCGGUCUCGAGGCGCCAUGGUCGACUUCGACGAGUCCCGCAAGAACAAGAACGCUCGUCUCACUCACCUCCUUGGCAUGGCUCAGGCUCCCACGCGCGCUGGCCUGUUCCGGGAUGCGCUGGCCAGGGGCCUGCUCAAGCGGGCUCGUGCCGAGAUCCGUGACCUCUACAACAUUCUCGAGGUUGACUUCCACCCGCUCUCUAUCUGCCAGAAGAUCUCGCCCAUUCUUGUCAAGAUCGGGACCGACGCCGAGAUGCAGAAGUACAUUCUGCCUCUGCAGCAGGUGAUCUUGACCCGCCUGUUCCAACAGCUCUCUCAGGUGUACGAGACGGUGGACCUUAGCUUCGUCGAGCGUCUUGCCGAGUUCCCCGAGCCUUUCCAAGUCACGCGUGGUACCAUCGAGAAGUUUAUUAUGAAUGGAAACAAGAAGGGCGAUCUGGCCAUUCGCAUGGACCACGCGACGGGAGUUCUGAGCUUCGAUAACGACGUCUUCUCCUCCGCCAAGGCUGCGCACUCUGGAUCUUCUGCCGGCUCUGCGGAAGCCGACGGCGGCUCGGUCCAGCGUCUUCAGAACACCCCCUCGGAUAUUGUCCGCUCGCAGCUGACGCGGCUGGCCAAGACGCUCUACAACACCUGCUUCUACAUCGACCCCGACUUCAACAAAGCUCGCCUCGAGGCGAGACAGGCCGCCCUUACUCGGGCCAAGGCGGGCGCCGAGCAAGAGCACCGCGAGAUCCUGGCGCGCAAGGACGUCAUCCAGAAGCGCAAGGAGGAGGCGUCCGAGAUCCAGGCACGCAGGGAACGGGAGAAUGCGCGUCAGAAGCGACUCCGCGAGCAGAUCCUGCAGGAGCAGGAGGACAAGCGUCUCGCGGCCGAGCAGAAGGAGCGGGAGGAGAGGCGCAUGAAGGCAGAGCGUGAUCGUGUGCGCAAGGAGGAGCUGAAGAAGCAGAUCGCCGACCUCAAGAUCAACCCCAAGGAGAUGGAUCUGGACCUCGACGAUCUGGACAACCUGGAUCCCAAUGCCAUUCGGGCCAUGAAGGUUGCGCAGCUUGAGCGGGAGAAGAACGAUAUCAACGAGAAGCUCCGCAUCGUCUGGAAGCGCGUCGACCACUUGGAGCGGGCCUUCAGGAAGGAGGAGGUGAAGAAGCUGGGCGAAGACUACGAGAGGCAGACGCAGCUCGACCGGGCUGCGUACGAGAAGACCAAGACGGCGACGCUGAAGGAGGCGGAGGUGAAGCACAAGGAGAGCGUGGAGCUGAAGCACCGCCUCACCCGGCUGAUGCCGCAUUAUGAGUCGUUCCGUGAGAACCUUCACGAGCGUCGCCGCGACGAGUUCGAGAAGCGUCGCCGGGACGCCGAGCGGGAGUUGGAUAAGCAGAUUGCCGCCCGCAAGAAGGCGUACCGCGAACGCAAGCUGCAGGAGAAGCGCGAGCGCGAGGAGAAGGAGCGGGCGCUCCGCGAGGCGGAGGAGCAGGCGGCGCGGGAGAAGGAGGAGCAGGAGCAGCGUGCGGAGGCUCGCCGCCAGGAGAUGCAGCGUCUUAAGGAGCAGCGCGAGAGGGAGCGGCAGGAGCUGGCGGAGAAGGUGGCGAUGCAGGCACGGCGCGAGGAAGAGGCGUUGGCGCGUCGCAAGGCCGAGAAGGAACAGAAGGAGCGCGAAAGGGUUGCGGCGACGGCCGUACCUGUUCGCGGGGCGGCGGCCGACCUGGGCGAAUCUCGUCGGCCGCUCAACCUGCCCGGCGCCGGAAAGUGGCGCGAGAGGGAGGCGUCCAAGGGCGCGGCUGGAGCUUCCGACAGCGCGCCGCCGCCGCGUGCAGCGCCGCCUGCGAUGGAGCGCAAGGACUCGAGCGACCGGGCUGGUGCUGGUGCUGGUGCUGGUGCCGCUGCCGGUGGCGCUGGUCCUCCUCGCCUGAACCUGGCGGGCAACAAGCCCAGCUGGCGCGAGCGGGAGGCUGCCAAACGGGCGGCGGGCGGCGCGGCGGUCGACAGCGAUCCUCCUCCGGGUCCGGGUCCGGUCCGAUCGGCGUCCGGUGGAGCGCCCAUGAGCCGCACGGCUUCGAGCCGCGGUGAGAACGGCCGCAACGCAUCCCCGGCUUCGGGAGCCGAGUCGUGGAAGCCUUCGGGUGGGCCCGAUAAGUUUGUGCCUCCCCAUAUGCGCAAGAAGGGUGGAAACUAAAGGUACCGGGAAAAUGUGGAGAGAAGGAACUGCUUGGGAUGGAUGGUGCACAAAAAGAGCUGCAUUGGAGUUCCAGGC